AUGAUAAAUCUCUCACUUAUUUUUCUAAUAAUUUUAUCGAUUUUUUCAAAGUUUACCUAUCAAAAUACGAUUUGUUUACCGGAGAGACGAAAUUUUAAAGUCUAUUAUCCUUGUGAACAUCCAAAAGCUCAGAGUGGGUUUUUUUCAAGAAAAAUAAAGAAUAAAAAUGGAAGAGUGAGAAUUUAAGAAAAUGAUCGAAUGGAUAUGGAAGCUAUGAUGAGAGGAGAACCUUCAGAAUUUGCCCGAUCUGGAUUCUACGACAGAAUGUUUAGGUGAGUGAAAUGAGCCCUCCCCAAAACCCCAAACUCACUGAAUUCUGAUCCUUUGAAGAAUUUAUUCUUGAUCGGGUUUUCUUCGAGCAAUACUGACACAUUUUUUGAUUUUUCGAAAAUUUCAUCCAAGGUUGACGUCUUAAGAAUGUUUCGUUGUUCUUCUGAAAUGUUAAACAUUUUUAAAAAUCAUCAAAAAAAAUGUGCAGUCUGCGGUGUGGUCGCGCUAGUACAAAAGAUUCAGAGAUAGAAGAGACGAAAAGAUAAUGAAAUUUCUCAACUAGAACAUAUUUUUGAACGACAGAAAAAAUAAAAGAUGGAGCGAAAUGGUAGAUCAAAAAAGCAAAGACUGAAUUAUUCCCUUUGUAGAACAUUUUUAAAAAGAAUUAAUUUUUUUUGUUUUUUUGAUCUACUUUUUCGCUCCAUCUUUUAUUUUUUCUGUUGUUCAAAAAUAUUUUCUAGUUGAGAGAUUCAUUCCACGUUCACAAUAUAUUUUUGAAUUAUUAUUGCGAAAGGUGCCAAUAAUUGAAAAAUAGAAACGUUUUUGAAUUUUUCUCGCUUUUUUUUUCUCCAUAUUUUAAACAUCUCAUUUUUCUGAGCCUUCUAUUUAACCCAACUCACUUCUCACAGAACUUUUUAGUCAUCAAAUACUUAUAAAAAUCAAUAAAAUCAGAAAUAACCAACUCCUUGAUCAAAAUUUGACGUGAUAAUAUUAUAAAAACGUGGUUUAUUAUUUUUUAAACACUUCUUUUUUCCCCAUUUCGAUUUUAUUUCCAGACAAGCCAAUCUUCCACAAGUCUACGAUGAUAAAUAUAUAAAUUAUCCAAACUAUGGCUAUAAUCCAAAUCUUCAAUUAACUGGACCUUAUAGAUACAGUAAUUGGUAUUAUCGAAACAAUUGGAAUCAACCAUAA